CGGUGGUGGGUCUCGUCAAAAAAGCGACGGAGCUCGCGCUGAUGACACGUACGACAUCGUCACGUACGGAGUGCGUUCGGUGCCGACAGCCGGGCGAGUGGGUGAGGAAGUGAACGGGGAAACGGACGCGAAAACAUCGACAGAGUCAUCGUCUUCGUGUCCAGAAUGCGAUGCGGCCGUGGCAUCUCGCGCCCCGAGGUCGUCCGGGAAGAUCGUCGCGUUAAACUCGCACGCCGCAGCCCCGGCAGUUCGUCAUGAGACUCGGAUGACGUACGGCGUUAUCCGUAUCGAAGAAUACCGAUGAGGGCUAAACGACGAUUGUCGUGAAGGUUCCUGCCGUCGCUCGCCGCCCUGGCUGGGGGGACAAGUGUUCACAAGAUCUAAUCGAAGCGAGAUCGAUUGGGUGUAAAAACUAUAAUUUAAUUUGGACCUGGACCGACUUAAUAAAGUGUUGAUUUAAAAAGUUGUUGUAUUCCUAUAUAUAUUUAGCGUAAAACAACGUUGCACGCAAUAAGUGAUAUUGAAAAAACUGAACAAUUUGGAGGAUCCAUUAACGAGACAAGAAGCAAGUGAAGUGUGAUUUAUCGUCGAUCUAUCGUCUACCAGUCUUAUCGAAAAACUUAAAUAAAAAAAAAACCGUCGAGACUUGAGAGUCAACUGGAGAUAUUCGAAACAAUCAGAUGCCAAAAAUAAAAAUAGGCAAAAGGAGAAAGAAAAAGGAAAAGUUUUCUUGAGAAGAGAAACUUUUCUUUCGGACAUCUAACCCGUUUCUUCGAAAGACUUUUAUUUGGAUAUUGGUGUGUGGCCUUCAAGUGUUUAGAAUUCCAGUGAAAACUUUGCAGCAAAAACUUUUUAUCUUCAAGGUUCCAGUGAGGAGACACCAUGUUGGAAUUUUAUCCUCCAGCGCCUGGUUCUUUCAAUCGUCAAAGCGAACCGGGCCAACCCUUGCCGACGGUUCCGCCUAUUCCUUUUCGGCCCACAACUGAUAACAAUAAUGCAGAGCCGUCCGUUUCCGUGAAGACAGAGUCCGGCCUCCUCGAGACGAUCUGCGCCGGCUGCGGCCGCACCAUCGCCGACAAGUACGUGAUGCGAGUCGCCGAGAGGAAUUAUCACGAGGAGUGCCUCUCGUGCACGGCAUGCGGCGCGAUGCUGUCGCACUCGUGCUUCAUACGCGACCUCAAGCUCUACUGCCGUACCGACUACGAGAGGAUCUUCGGGGUGAAGUGCGCGCGAUGCAUGGAGAAGAUCAGCUGCUCGGAUCUGGUGAUGCGGCCGGUGUCCGGCCUGAUCUUCCACGUGGAGUGCUUCGCGUGUUGCAUGUGCGGCCAACCGUUGCCGCGAGGCGCCCACUACAUCCUCAGGCAAGGCCAGCCGAUCUGCAGACGGGACUUUGAGCACGAGCUGUUUCUAAAUAGUCCGCAAGAUGAUGACUUAUUGGACGAGAAUCGACCACGGGACGGCCGUCGGGGUCCGAAACGGCCGCGGACGAUCCUCACGUCGGCACAGCGACGUCAGUUCAAGGCGUCUUUCGAGGUGUCGCCAAAGCCUUGCAGAAAGGUGCGCGAGGCACUCGCCAAGGACACCGGUCUCAGCGUGCGCGUGGUUCAAGUGUGGUUCCAGAAUCAGCGCGCGAAGAUGAAGAAGCUGCAGCGAAAAGCCAAAACGGAGCCCGGAUCCGAUAAAGAGCCGAAGGAAGAGCGAAGGACGGAAAGUCCGCACAGCGAUCACAGUCAUUACUUGAACGCCCUGAACAUGCGCGAUGGGGAAUCUUCUAGCUUUCCCUCAGCCACCCAACCGCUCAACCCCAAUAACCCGUACUCGCCCGACGACGCGUAUCCGGGCCACUCGGGGGAGAGUUUCUGCAGCAGCGACCUGUCCCUGGACGGUACGGACGGCGGCUUCGAUAUCGGCGAGAACGAUGGCGGUGGCGCGGAUGGCAGUCAUCAGGGUGCCUCGCAUUCCCAUCACGGUUCGUCAUCGCACGACACCCCGUCGCUGUCGCAGAGCCUGCACGCGGCUAUCAACAAUCCCAUCGACAAACUGUUCAUGAUGCAGAAUAGUUACUUCAGUAGCGAUCACGCGUAAUCCAAAUUUUCCCUCUUUCUUCCUCCCUCUCCCCCCUCUCUCUCUUUCUUUCCUUCUCUCCCUAUCUCCUAGGAUUCGUCGCUUAUUUCUCGUCUCUCCUCUCUCCUUUUCUGUGCUUUCCCUUAUCUGUCUGACGAAAUGACUUGCUUCAUUAAAGGGAAAGCCGACGUAGCAUUCUAUUCAUUUUUCCGCAUUGAAGUGAUCGAGGACGAGUUUGUCGAGUUUAGAUUUUUCAUUUGUUCUACAUUAGUCGCUGCUAACCCCGUUUUCGACCGACGACGUUGUAAAGACUCUUAUUUUACUUUCAUUUUUAUAAUUAUUUUCCUUUUAUCCGAUCCGAUAUGCUCCUGACCUUUCAAUUUGCGAUGUCGACGAUUCUCUAAAAGUAUUUGCUUUUCUCUCUGUUUCAGAUACGAAAUCUGUAUUUAUCCUCUGUGUGUAAUAAAUGCAUAUUCAUAAAAACGCUGCGAAGAACGUUAUUAUGUAUAACUAGUCCCUCGUUUAUUUUUUAUUCUACUAGUUCAUUAAUAUACUGAGAAAAAAAAUUUGUUGAAAAACGCAAAAUGUGUUUCA